AUGAAGCCAUCCACUACCGUCGCCGCGCUCCUGGGUGGCCAUGCAGCCACCGCUGCGGCGCAAAAGCCAUGGCUCGACCAGUCCCUGCCCUACGAGGAGCGGCUGCUCUCGUUCCUGGCGCAGCUCAAUGUCACCCAGAAGCUGGCGAUGACCUCUGGAGACACAGUGCUUGAGGACAACGGCACUGGCGUCAACCCGUGUAUCGGCCACAUCAGCGGCAACGCUACGCUUGGUGUUCCGAGCAUCUGCAUGGGUGACGGCCCGGGAGGCGUGAGCAAUGGACUUACCAACGUGACGACAUUUCCCGCCCCAGUCCUCUCGGCGGCGACGUGGAACAGCACCAUCCAAUACGUCUACGGCCACGCCAUGGCGACCGAGCACCUGGGCAAAGGCCGCAACGUGGUCCUCGCACCCACCAUCAACAUCCUGCGCUCGCCCUUGUGGGGGCGCUCUGCCGAGACCUUCUCCGAGGACCCGUGGCUGACCUCGCGCUUCGCCAUUGCGGCCGUCCAGGGCAUCCAGAGCACUGGUGCCCUUGCCUGCCCGAAGCACUUUGCCGCCUACAACCAGGAGACGAACCGCUUUGGCCCGCUGCCCGACUACCACGCGGUCGACGCCGUCGUCGACGAGCGCACCCUGCGCGAGCUCUACCUGCCCGCGUUCAAGGCGACGGUGCAGGAGGCCGACCCUGCGGCCGUCAUGUGCUCGUACAACCAGCUCAACGGCCACUACGCGUGCGAGAACGACUGGCUGCUCAACUCGACGCUGCGCCAGGAGUGGGGAUUCGAGGGCUUCGUCCUGGCCGACUGGUACUUCUCCGCCCGCAGCACCGUCAAGGCCGUCAUGGCGGGCCUGGACAUCAACAUGCCCGGUGGCGACCUGACCGACCUGUUUGGCUUGCCCGACUACUACGGCAAGCCUUUGCUUGAUGCGCUCAACAACGGCUCUGUGCCCAUGGACCGCCUCGACGACAUGACGCAGCGCAUCUGGAGGUACAUGUUCAAGCUUGGGCAGGUCGAUCACCCGGUGGACGGCAACUCGACAGCCAUCGUGCAGACCCCGGAGCAUCUGGACCUUGCCCAGGCCAUGGUCGAGGACGGCGCGGUGCUGCUGGAGAACAAGGACUCGGCCCUGCCGCUAUCGCCUGCCAAGUAUUCCAAGGUUGCGGUCUACGGCCGUGGCGCGACAAAGGAGAACCAGGUCACCUUGAACCACGGCGGCUUUGUCAAGGACUCGUCCAUGGUUGUCCAGGCACCGCUGGAUCAUAUCCGCAGCCGCGGCGAGGCCGAGGGCAUGGAGGUCCGCUAUGCAGAGGCGUACCCCGGAAACGGCAUCUUCCCCACGAUCCCCCCGAGCAUGUUCAAGGAUGGCCACGUCAAGGCCACAUACUACAACAACGCCCAGUUCUCCGGGCCCGCCAACACGACAGAGUUCCUCCCCAAUAUCACCAUCAACACAUACCCCGGCUACCUGUGGGACGCGUGGCCGCAAGAGUUCUCGGUCGUGUAUGAGGCGACGUUCCUCCCCAAUACGACGGGCGGCUACCACUUCUCCAUUGUCGGCUCGGGCACCGCCCUGCUGUACCUGGAUGGGCAGCUCGCGGGCAACAUGUCGUACCACAAUUUUGGCGGCAACUACAUCCAGGGCUACGCGUGGCUCGAGGCCGGCACCGAGGUCGAGCUCGUGCUCAAGUACGACACGGCCUACUCGCUGCUGACGGGCAACUACGGCAUCACGCUCGGCGUGUCGGUCGGCGGGGCCGCCACGCGCGACGUCGAGGCCGACGAGCUCGCCCAGUGGGCCGACGUCAACAUCAUCUUUGCCAACGACCGCAUCUCGGAGGGCAUGGACAGCGGCCUGGGACUCAACCUGCCGGGCGACCAGAACGCCCUGAUCACGCGGCUCGCGGGACUCUCGUCCUCCUCUGCCACGGCGGCCAAGACCAUUGUCGUGCUCAACACCAACUCGGCCGUGCUGAUGCCCUGGAUCGACGCCGUCGACGGCGUCCUCGAGAUCUGGUACCCCGGCCAGCAGGUCGGCUCGGCCCUCGAGCGCCUGCUCUUUGGGGACGUGAGCCCCAGCGGACACUUGCCCGUCACGUUCCCCAAGUCCCUCGACGACGCCAUCAAGAUCGACACGAACCCGGAGGCCGUCUUCCACGAAGGCUUGUACGUCGGGUACAAGGCGUACGACGCGCACGAGAUCGAGCCCCUGUUCCCCUUUGGCCACGGCCUGACCUACUCCGAGUUCGACCUCGGCUGCAUGACCGUGUCGACCAACAUCAGCAGCACCGGUGCCGAGUGCCCGGACGGCGAAGAGGCGGAGGCGCUCGCAGACGAGUUCGACGUGCUCACGGCCCGCGCCAAGCUCAGGAACACGGGCGGCGUCCGCGCCAAGCAGGUCGUCCAGCUCUACGUGACGUACCCGGCCAAGGCCGCCGAGCCGCCCAAGCUGCUGCGCGCGUUCCAAAAAUACGACCUGGGCCCCGGCGAGGCGGUGCUGGCCGAGCUCAGCGUCAAACAGAAGGACUUGAAGGUCUGGGACGAGGCGCGGGGCAAGUGGACCCUCGUCGAGGGCGAGUAUGUGGUCAAGCUCGGCUUUUCGGCCGGUGACUUGAGGACUGAGAAGGCGAUCGUGCUGUAG